AUGGAACUUGGACCAUUCCGCGUCAAUAAAGAUGGAAAAACCUUAUUGCUCAACCCUUUUGCCUGGAACAAUGUGGCAAACAUCCUCUAUUUAGAAUCACCUGCUGGUGUUGGAUUCUCUUAUUCUAACACAUCAACAGAUUAUUCUACUGGAGACGAAAAGACCAGACAAGACAGUUUCACCUUUCUCAUCAAUUGGAUGGAAAGAUUCCCAGAAUAUAAACACCGAGAUUUCUAUAUUACUGGAGAGAGUUAUGCUGGCCACUAUGUGCCUCAACUUGCUCAGCUGAUCUUAUCCUACAAGGAAACAGAACCAAACCUUGUCAUUAACUUGCAAGGAAUAGCAACUGGAAAUGGCAUCAUCGAUGACGAAACAAUGAACAGUGGUACAUACGACUUUUAUUGGACCCAUGCUCUAAUAUCAGAUGAAGUCCAUGAAGGAAUUGUCUUGAAUUGCAACUUCUCGGCAGAGACAACCUCAAAAGCAUGUAAUGAGUACAUUAAGCAAGCAGAUUCAUCUCAAAGCAAUAUAUAUGCUUACAACACAUAUUCCCAACUGUGCAACUCCUCUGUCUAUACUUCCCUUCCUAUAGAUGGAUUUGAUCCAUGCUCAGCUGAUUACGUAGACAAUUACCUAAAUAGUGCUGAAGUACAAAAGGCCCUUAAUGUCAAAGAUACACCCUAUUCCUGGGAUUCCUGCAAUGGUUUCAUAUUCGGCUCUUGGCAGGACUCCCCGCACUCUGUUCUAACAGUCUUUCAAGAGCUCAUGCAAAGUGGCAUUAGGGUUUGGAUUUAUAGUGGAGACAUAGAUCAUAUGUUAUCUGUGACGACAAGUACAUAUGCCAUAGACAAAAUAAAAACACCAGUCAAAACACCAUGGUACCCUUGGUUCUUCCAAGGCGAGGUUGGUGGUUAUGCAGUAGAAUACCAGAACUUGACAUUUGUGACAGUAAGAGGAGCAGGACAUUUCGUUCCAAGCUAUCAACCAGGCCGCGCAUUGACCAUGUUCUCAUCUUUCAUCAAUGGCACGCUCCCUCCUCAUCUACACUAAACAGACAGAAGAGAAAAGAUUAUUGAUGGGGAAAAAGAACAGGAAAGCUGAUUACAUAAGGAACAUUAAUCUUGUAGAACUACUACCCAAUUAUGAUAUUCCAAACAAGGAGAUGUAGUGUAAAUUAUGGACUAUGUGUUCUUCUCAUUAUAAAAAAAAAAUCACUUAAAUAGAUGUCGUUCCAAAUGCCUAGUUGCAUAGGGUUAAAUUUCCAGCCGGAGCUCCCCUAUCCUUUCCUUCCUACUCUGCCUGGACCCCUCAUCACUUGAACUUAAAAAAGAAAAGUGACACAAAGAAGAUGAGUACGUGAAUAUUUCUCUAGCAACUAGGUUAAAAAUUUGCAGCACAAGCAUAAAUCACAUGAUAUUCUUAAGAUUGACUCUUGAACAUGUUAACCCAAUGAAAUAAAUACUACAAGGACAAAAUUCUUCAACCCUUUCAUAUUCUUAAGAUUGAAUUUAACAUGGAAAUAAUUUGCGAACUAAAACUUUCACAAAAUU